AUGGCCUCCAUAGCCUCCCAAGACUUCAAGCUUGCGCUAUCCAAGCACGGUCUGACUGCUGACCAUCUCAACAAGAUCCAUGAUCUACUUGUGGAUAUUGCUAUUGAUAGUGGCAAAAUCAUGGUGGCAGCCGAACACUCAGUCCUUGUAGCGGCGCAGUACAAGAACAACACCUCCGACCUCGUCACCGAAUUCGACAAGCGGAUCGAAGAUACGGUGGAAACCCGCCUGCGCGACGCAUAUCCCGCCUUCGGAUUCCUUGGAGAGGAGACGUUCAAGCAUGGCACCAAGCUUGCCGAUAAACCUACGUUCGUCUGCGAUCCAAUUGAUGGCACCCUAAAUUUCUCCAAGGGCGUGCCCAACUGUGCCAUCUCUUUGGCGCUGACCCUCGAGAAGAAACCCAUCAUCGGCGUCGUAUACAACCCUUUCCGAGGCGACCUCUACCACGCGGUCAAAGGUCAGGGCGCCUACCUUAAGAACAUGCUCACCGGAACCGAAGUCAAGCUUCCGAUGCAGCCUGUACCCCCGCCAAUGCCAUCCCUAAACUCAUGUCUCGUAGCCAUUGAAUGGGGAAACCAGCGCUCCGGUGAAAACUGGGCCCUCCGGACCUCCGUGCACAACAAGCUUCUCACUUCAAAGGCCGAAGGUGGAGCCAUGUGCAAGUCCGUCCGCUCCAACGGCUCCGCUGCCCUCGAUUUCUGCUACGUCGCACAAGGUAUCAUCGAUGUCUUUUGGGAGGGUGGCGUCUGGAUCUGGGAUGUCUGCGCUGGCUGGAUCAUCUUGGAGGAGGCUGGUGGCAUUGUUGCUAGCGCUAACCCUGACGACUGGGAUCCCUCUCUUGAGGGCCGCGUGUACUUUGCUGUUCGUCAUGCGAAGCCUGAGGAGCAGAAGGCUGUGGUCGAGGAGCUGUGGGGCAUUAUGGGCGAUCGGAAGUUUGUCUUCUAG